AUGGUUUGUUAUUAUAUUUAUAAUGAUAUUGAAAUAGAUGAUGUAACAUCAACAUUUUCAAAAACAUUUACACCAAAUGAUGAAGAUGAUUUUAAUUCAUUUGUUGUAACUGUUACUGUGUCUUUAUUAUCUGAUUAUUGGAUAAGAUAUGAAUCAAAAAAUCAAAUAACUUUCAGUAUCAUCGGAAAGAAACAACUAUCUCGAAGAAUUCAAUUAAAACUAACAAUUGGAACAUCAGAUUCAGGAACAACAAUAAUUAAAGAAGAAACCACUAACACACUUUCAUCUGUAAUAAUAACUACAUCAAAACAUCUAUCUAGUAUAAGUAAACAAUCAUUCACAAGAAGUACAACAUAUCAAAGUCAAAUAACAAUCAAAGGAACAAAAGAAAUAAUAUUUGAUGAUUUUGGAUAUAGUAAUUGUGACAAGUUAGUUUAUAAAGAAGAUUUAACACAGUGCAAUCAUUAUAAAGAAGAAUAUAAGUUAACAUCAAAUAAUCAAUGUAUUAAACAUUCCCAGCUAACUAUCAAAUUAGAAAUGGAAACACUUGUACCAAAUGUGAUACUUCUAAACAGUAUUAUUUAA